CGACUUCGAAGGAGGACUCGGCUGAUUUGCUAGGCCGGCCGGUAAAGUGGCGGCCACCAGAGAACGUUCGUUGGUCCCUCUGCUUCGCUCUUUCGCCUUCUGUUUUCCUGCACAAUUCCUGCUCUCCUGAUCGUACGAAGCAGCGUGUUUCAAAAUGCCCCUCUUUGUGCUCUUUACACGACCCAGACACUCACCUAAAAUCCUAUAAGUGAUCACCGGGACAUUGCGAGUUGCUGCAAAGAUUGGCUCUUUCAGAAAAAAAGUGAGGAGCAACAAAGCGCACACAUUACGAAGUCCGAAGCUCGAGGCUGCUUCACGUCCUCCCUUCUCGAGCUGCUGACCGUUCUGUCUAUGGGAAGCAAUCGGUGGAAUGCUACUUGUUGCAGAAUUUUCCAGUAUCCAUUUUCUCUGAUGCAAGCUGAAAUUGAGGUAAAUUCUGUGAGACACGUGAUUGUUGAGCAGGACGUCAUCUUCCUAAACGGUCGAACAAGGGCAAAAUCAUGAGAGUCAGGCAUGUAAUGAAGAAGCAAGGCUCAGGUAUGGAGCAGUCUGACCCAGCAACGACCCCAACGGCUGCGCCUUCUAGAAAUGAUGCAGAUACUCUUGCCACAGCUAUGGCCACGCCGCAGAAGGAUGAGCAAGUGGUCAACAUGCUGGACAUUGAAGAUGAAGGAACUCCAGUUGUGUCCCCAAAGGAAGAAGAUUUGGAUCCACUAGACUCGCCUUGGACGGGUGAUGAAGUUCCAGGAAGACUCGAGCAAGUCAUCAAGGACAGCUACUCGGCCCUGCUCCACAGCCCUGAGACGUGGUACUCCCUCAACAAGCGCCUCAACAAGAAGGGCGCCCGUCACGUCCUCUUUGGCAUGGAAGACGUCAUCAAGGAACGCGGCCCCGCGGUGGUUCGGGAGGAGUUCUUGCAGAUCAAGCCGCAGAUUAACGCGGACCUCAUCUGGUCGCUGCACCAGCCGCUACUGUCGCUCAUGCUCUUCAUCCUGCGCGGAAACAACGACAUCCACAAGAAGCUCAUCAAGGUUCCGGAACUGAAGAGCGAUAUCUGCCGAGCCAUGGGCCUAGGGAGACCGUCCAAGAAGCCCCCACCGACUCCGAAGCCGAAGCUCGAGCGCACUGCCAAGAAGCUCAAGGGGACGAUCCCUGGAAAGAAGAAGCUCAAGAAGUUGAGCCUCCUCACGAUCGGCUUGAAGAAACGGCACCCGGAGGAUGACGCCGGCCCGGCUGAGCCGAGUGAAGAGACCAAGAAAGGCCCCGGAAGGCCGAAACUCGUCAAGCCCCGGGCGUCCACCGACCCGCCGCCAGCGAAGAAGCUCAAAACGGGCAACACGGACAGCCAGACGCUCCACCAACUGAUUGCCUCGUCUCAGGAACGCGACCGGUCGGGAAAGUUUGCCCCAGGGUUCUCCCCGACUGCCGCCGCCAAGCUGAAGAAAGUCAUAAAGAAGCCGGUGUCGCUCGGCCAGGGCGCCGAUCCCGGGGUCGUUCCGAAGAAGAAACCGGGCCUUGCGACGGACAGACCCGCGCCCGCAAAAAAGCCGAAGUUGAAGCGCGGCCGGCCGCCGAAGGUCCCGAGCGCGCUGGCGCCCGAGCCCGUCGACGAGGCGCUGGCGUACGUGCCGCGCGAGACGGACGGGGACUCGCUCGAGGACGCGGAGAUUGCGGCGCUCGUCGCCGCGCUGCGCGCCCGGGGCGCGCGCGACGUGCGCGGCCGGGAGGAGCUGGCGCUCCUCGACCUGGAGGAGCGCAUCGUCGAGCUGGAGGUCGCGCACCGGCGGGGCGAGGCGGAGCUCGCGCAGCUGCGCGCGCGACGGGAGGCGCUGCAAAGGGAGCGGCUCGGCGCGGCGGGCGAGACGGACGUGCCGGAGCCGGUGCGCGCGGCGCGGGAGCGGUGCCUCCGGGCGAUCGUCGACCUCCUCGACGUGCUUCCGGCUAGUCUGGACCUGAACGGUAUCGAAGUCUUCAACGAGCUCGAGCACACGGACGCCUUCGACGCGACCCUGGGUGCGCUCGCGAGCAAGCAGCGCGCGUACCUGCAGCGAGACUGGGAGCGCAAGAACGCGCUCGCGGCGCACGCCAAGCGGGCCGAGUUGGAGGCCAUGCGCCACAAGAACAACGUGCGGGAACACCUCGGCAUCCUGGCCGCCAGCAGCGCCGACGAGGCAGCGGAGUGCAAUGCCGUCUUCAGCGCCUUCCAGCUCAAACUGAUCGAGCUCCGGCGGGAGAUGGAGCGGAAAGUGAACCUCCUUGCUGAGAAGGAGAAGCUUGCCAGGCAGGCCUGGCUCGUAUACAGGGCAGCGGCGGCAUAAAUUAUCACCAGCACGGCGUCUAUUUAUUGGCUAGCCUGAUUAGAUCCCGCAGCUGUUCACAAUCUCGCAUAGAUAGUGACUUCGUCAGGAGGGAUCAGUGUUUGUGUAGACAGUUCUUCUGACUUGCAGUCAUAAACAUGAGUGUUGGACCACGGGUGUUGUUCCCAAGGUCAACCAACUUUCCGAAGCUCAUUAAGGUCGUCGGAACUUAUUAGAAGCCUUCGCUAAGAAGCAGCUUCAUAUACGUUUCUUGCAAGAGGAACGUCGUUACUUCGAGUGUAGUCCGCAGCGUAAGUCUGCUUCAGGGAAGCAAUCAUUCCAAACGAAAACGACCAGACUCGUAAAAGCCGUCCCAUGUCUCCAGUCAAUUUGAUCGUAUCCAAUCUGCAGCCU